UUGUGCGGGGAGGCUUAAGGGAUUUGGGGGACCCGAGGAGCAGAGACCAGCGACCUGGCUCUGCUCAGUCUGCAUAGAGGGGCCGAGGCAGACGGAGGGCGCAGGACAGGCUCUGCCACUCAGAUCGCCAUGUACAGCUUCCUGGGUGGUGGCCUCUUCUGUGCCUGGGUGGGGACCAUCCUCCUGGUAGUGGCCACAGCGACAGACCACUGGAUGCAAUACCGGCUGUCGGGGACCUUCGCCCACCAGGGCCUCUGGCGGUAUUGCCUGGGCAGCAAGUGCUACCUGCAGACAGAGAGCAUUGCCUACUGGAACGCCACCCGGGCCUUCAUGAUCCUGUCCUCCUUGUGCGCCACCUCGGGCAUCAUUGUGGGCAUCCUGGCCUUCGCUCAGCAGCCCACCUUCUCCAGACUCUCCCGGCCCUUCUCUGCGGGAAUCAUGUUUUUCACCUCCACCUUUUUCGUCCUGUUGGCCUUGGCCAUUUACACCGGAGUCACCGUCAGCUUCCUGGGCCGCCGCUUCGGGGACUGGCGCUUUUCCUGGUCCUACAUCCUGGGCUGGGUGGCCCUGCUUAUGACCUUCUUUGCAGGCAUUUUCUACAUGUGUGCCUACCGGAUGCACGAGUGUCGGCGCUUGUCUGCUCCCCGCUGAGCCCAAAUGUGCAGCAGCUGCAUCUGGAAGUUAAAAUGGGGCCACAAAGAGGAGGGGAGGGUCUGGGAGCCUGAAAUCCUGCUUCCUGGGGGGUGGGAGGGGGCUCAGUCCUGGACUCUCCGUGGGGACCCCUCACUCCUGUGUCCCGAAGGGAAGGAGGAAGACAGGCUGGUGGGAAGCCACUGAGGAGACCCAAGGCCCAUGCACAGGGUGUUAGAGAAAUGCUGUCUCCACUAGAGCAACGGUGUGGAGUCUAAUAAACCUGACGUGAAAGUA